UCCCCCUCCCCCUUUCCCUGGUCCCCUUCUCCCCAGCCCUUCAGCUUACCCUAAAAACUGCGCCCCCCGCCCCGCACCCCACCCCCCCCACAUCUCUGAUGGAUCAGAGAACGCAGGGGGGGCCGCCCACACCACCCCCCCUCCCCCCCGCCGCUCCUCCCGGGGAGGCGGAGAAGGAGGGCGCGGGUGGGAAGAACGAGGAGGAGAAACGGGAGAAGGAGAGAGAAGGAGGCGCGGCGGAGGCCCCCGGCGGAGGGGGCGGCGCCGGGGGGGAGCAGCAGCAGCAGUUCUCGGUCACCGAGACGACCUUCUCGGAGGGCAGCGUCAAGCUGAAGAUCGGCCUGCAGGCCAAGCGCAUGAAGAAGCCGCCCAAGAUCCUGGAGAACUACGUGUGCCGGCCGGCCAUCCGCACCUCCGUCAGGCAGGGGCGGGGCGGCGGGCGGGGCAGCCGUGGGGGCGGGGCCGCCGCCGGCGGGGGGGCGGGGGGUAACCACGCCCACAGCCCCUCGCACGACAAGGACAGAGACAGGGAGAGGAGCCCAGCUCUGACCCCCGGCCCAAACCCGCCCCCGCCAACCUCCUCAUCCCUGCCAGCUGCUCCGCCUGCUCCUCUUCCUCCUCCUCCUCCACCUCCACCUCCGCCUCCGCCUCCAGCUCCUCCUGCUCCUCCCGCCCCGGCCACGCCUGUCGCUGGGAGCGUGCCAGGGAAAAGGGGUCCCCCAAAACUGGCUCGCAAGUCGGAGGUGAAGUCGGACGCCUCGUCGGAGAGACCGGCGACCCUCCACCGCCCCGAUGCGGACGUCAAGCCGCCCCGUCCCGGAAAGAAAAGCCCCUCCCCCCCGACCAAUCGGCCCCCUCCCUCUUCCCCCACGCCCCCACCCCCGGCCCCUCCGUCACAGGACGCCAGCGCGGAAGCAGCGUCCAGGACGUCCCAGUCCCCGCAGGGGGACGGCCAGAGGGAGAAGGACAGGGGCGUCCUCAACGGGGGUGCGCCCACCGUCACGGAGAAGCUGGCCCAGCUCAUCGCCACCUGCCCCCCCUCGAAAUCCACCAAGGGCAAGAUCCGCAAGCCCCCGCCUGCCGGCGUCCCCGCCAGCGCGACCGCGCCCGUUUCCCCGAGCCCGGCGCGGGCCGAGCCUCUGGCGCCGAACAGAGCGGCCGCUUCCUCUCCGCCGUCCGGCUCCCAGCCGCCAUCCCGCCCCCCCGCCCCCGUCUCCCGCCCCCCCGGCCGGCCCCCGGGCCCUCGGCACAGGGACAGCGCUCCGGAGAAGGAGUCCGCCCCUCCUAAGAAGGAGGAGGCGGGCAGCGAGGGCAGGGGGGGCGGCGGCGGUAGCGGCAGCGCCGCGGGCUCCAACAGCGCUAACGGUCCCGCCGCCGCGACAGGCGUCAAGCCGCAGACACACCUCACCUGCCCUCCUCCGCCCGCUCCCCCGCCCCCGCCCCCUCCCGAUCAGAGGGCAGGCGCGGCUCCAGACGGCCGGCGUGGCCCGGCCACCUCCCCCGGCAACCCGGCGAAGGGAGGUCCCGGCCAAUCGGAGGGCGGCGGCGACAGGGAGCGCGAACGAGACCGAGACAAGGAGGGCCCCAGAGACCUGAGCCUGAACAAAUGCGCCCCUCCCUCAGGGCCUGCCAGGCAGGAGGGCGGCAGCAAGGGGGCGCCGCUGUCCUCCAGCGGGCAGAGCAGGAAGAGCACCAGCCCCGCCAAACCCGCCAAGCCCAGCCCGAGUCGGGACAGAGGUCCCGUCACGCCCGCCCCCUUAGACUCCCCGAGACAGACUGCCUCCCCCACCCAUCCCCCCACCUCCAGCGCUCCCGAGCCCUGCCCGAACAGCGCCCCCAGCACCCCCCCCGGCUCCCCCCCGGAGCCGGACUGCAAGCCGCUGAAGAAGCGCAAGGGCCGGCGGCCGCGGUGGACGCGGGUGGUGAACCGGGCGCACAAGGCCACGCCCUCCACCGGCACCGCCAGCCCCGCCGAUCAGACCCCCAAACUGCGCAAGGCCCCCUCGUCGCCGCCCUCCGCCUUGCCUUCCCCACCGCAUAAGCCCCGACCGGUGGGGCGGCCCCCUAACCCCAACCGGGUUCCCCCCGCCUCCGCCCAGCUCCUGCAGUCUCCUCCCCGGAAGAGGGGCCGCCCCAAGUCCAAGAUGCCCCGGCUGGACGCCCCCGUCCCUCGACGCUCCCUCAAGUUACCCCCCUCCAAGGUGUACUCUCUGCUCAAGUCCAAAGAGGAGGAUCCCCCGGUCCUGCACCCCGAAGUGGACCUGAACCCCCCGAAGCCCGUCCCCAGAAAGCGUGGCCGUCCCAAACGCUUACCCCCCACCCUCCCCCAGGAGUCCCAGCCCCCGACCCUCGCCCCCGAGGAGCAAGGGGGCGCUGGCUUCGGAGCGGGGGAGGGGCUGCAGGGGGACAGGCACUUCCGGAAGAAGGGCAACGGGCAGCUGAUGAUGAGGACCAUCAUUCACAAGAUCAACAAGAUGAAGACCAAGAAGCGCAAGAGGCUCCUGAACCAGAUCCUGCUGGGCCCCGGGGCCGGCGGGGGGGCCCGCGGGGAGGCGGAGUCCUCUCGGGGGCCCGGCGCCGGCGUGAUGGGCACGGUCGCGGCCGCCACGCAGUCCCUGUCCUCCCUGGCGGCCUCGUUCGGGGGCAAGCUGGGCCCCCAGAUCAACGUCAGCAAGAAAGGGACCAUUUACAUGGGCAAGCGGAGGGGGCGCAAGCCCAAAGCUCCGACCAGCGCCUCGGCCAGCGCCCCCGCGGCCCCCCCCGAGCCCUUCCUCUCCCCGGCCUCCGCCUCGCCCCUGCACCACCACCACCACCACCCCGCCCAGGCCCUGCAUUCCCAGCAGCAGCAGGGGCUGUCCUCGGUGGAGGUGUUCCCCUCCCCGACGCUGUCCCAGUCCAGCAGGGCGCAGAGCCCCGCCAGCGACGGCGGCUUCGUGGAGCCGGGGACCGUGCACUUCACGCCCCACCCCCACUGCAGCCACGCCCACCACCACGCCCACCACUCCUUCCCCCUCCCCCCGCCCUCCUCCCCGGCGCUCUCCCCCCGCCCCCUCGCUCCCCUGGGCGCGUCCUCCUCCUCCUCCUCCUCCGUGGCCCCCCUGCUGAGGAAGUCCUCGUGCCGCGGGCACCACCACCACCACUACCGCCACCAGUACCAUUACCGCAAGCUGUCCCCGCCCCCGCCGCUGCUGCCCACCUCGCCCGCGCACCUGAGCGAGCUGAAGGAGGCCACGCCCUCGCCCGUCAGCGAGUCGCACAGCGAGGAGACGGUGCCCAGCGACAGCGGCAUCGGCACGGACAACAACAGCACCUCCGACCGGGGGGAGAAGGGCGGGGGCGGCGCCGGCCUGGCCCAGGGACUGCCCGUGGGCGCGGUGAUGCCCGGGGUCGUGGGGUCGGUCGCGGGGGUCGGGGUCGGGGCGGGGGUCAGUCCCCGGGGGCGACGGAGGCACUCCUCCUCGGCGUUGCUGGAGCACCCGUCCCCCUCCCCCUCGCCCCUGGGGCUGGGGGCGUCGCCCGACCCCUGCAGGAGCCACGCGGCGGCCCCGCCCUCGGCGCUGGUGGGCCACAAGGAGAAGCACAAGCACAAGUGCAAGCGGCGCGGGCACGGCUGCCCCGGCUACGACAAGCUGAAGCGGCAGAAGCGCAAGCGCAAGAAGAAGUACCUGCAGCUGCGCGCCCGCCGCCAGGACCCCGACUUCCUGGCCGAGCUGGAGGAGCUGGUCGUCCGGCUGGGCCAGGUUCGGAUAGCGCACCGCAGCUCGGGCGCGGGCAUGGGCGGCGGCUUGGGGCUGGGGGGCUCCGGAGGCGGCGGCGUGGGCGGCGGCGCGGGCAUGGGCGGGGCCAGCGGCGGCGGAGGCGGCGGCAUGGGGAGCGGCGGGCAUCCUCCGCCUCACCACUACCUGCACAGGGACCUGCUGCCCACCAUCUUCAGGAUCAACUUCAGCGGGUACUACUCGCCGCACCCGGCCUACCCCUGCGACUCGCUGCACUACGUGCGCAAGCCCGACCUGAAGAAGAAGCGCGGCCGGCCGCCCAAGCUGCGCCAGGCCAUGGCCGAGGUGCCCUUCGUCCACGGGCUGGGCUUCCCGCUGUCCGGGGCCGGCUUCUACCACCCCUCCUACAGCGUGCCCUACUCCUCCGCCCCCCUGGGGCUCAGCUACUACAGGGGGUACCCCCCGGCGGCGGCCCUCUACCCCCACCCGCACCACCCGCAGCCCCACCCCCCUCCGCCGCACCCGCACCACUCCCCGUCCUUCCCCCCGCCCCCUCCGCCCUCCUACGUGCACCACCACCCUCCCCACCUCCUGCUCAACCCCGCCAAGUUCCACAAGAAGAAGCACAAGCUUCUGAGGCAGGAGUUUUUGGGAGGGGGCCGGUCCCCCGUGCUGUACCCCGCGAUGCCCCCCGAGCUGUCCUACGGCUGGCUCCACGAGCACAAGCACAAACACAGACACAAGCACCGCGAGCGGCGGGACGAGGAGGGCGGGGCCGAGGCGGGGGGCGGAGCCCCCGGGGCCAGGCUGUCCGGGAGCAGGGGGAUGGGCGGAGCCGCCGGGGGGAUGAUGGACUCGCUCCGGCGCUACCGGUACGGAAAGGACCCCGCGGCCACCGCCAACGCCUCCAAUCCGGCGUCCGCCCCCGCGGCCAAUUCCCCUUCCUCGUCCUCCUCGUCCUCAGCCGAGAGGUACAAACAUAAGGACACGCCCCUCUCCUGCCUGGGGCCCUCGUAUCUGUCGUUGGCCGGGGGGCCCAGGGGCCAUUCGCACCUGGAGCCCUGGCUGCGGAGGGGGAGCCCCGAAACGGACUACGCCAACCUGUCCCAGAGCUCCAACCCCCACCAGGACUCUUUCGCGGGGGGGCGAGCGGCGGACCCCGCGGGAGGUUCGGACAGCGAGGAAGAGGAGCCGGACACGCCCCCGCCCGUGUCUGCGCACCCGCACGCCCCCGCGCACCACACCAACCUGUUCGCCAGCGCCCUGAGCCGAGCUGUCCCCGCGGCGGGGCGGGGCCGGCGGGGCGGGGGCACUGCCAGCGCCAGGAGCUUCGCGGGACUGAGGAGCGAUCGGCCAUCGUCAGCAGAGAGGAGAGACACAGGAAUGACGGUGGGCGUCCAGACACGUGGCUCGCGCUCUAUCGCCCCCGAGUGUUCGGAGGGGGGACUGCAGCACCAGCACUCUCAGCAGGCCUCCCAGCUGGGGCAGCAGCACCUGCACUCGCACCCGCACGCGCGCUACGCGGCCCGGCACCCGCACCCGCACCCGCACCCGCACUGCGGCCACGACGCGCCGGGGGGAGGGGGCCAGGGCCCCGGGAGGCCCCACAGCCGGGAGAGGCAGGCCAGCCCCUCCGCCCGUCCCCCCCAGGCCUGCUGCCCGGACGGCCCCGCCCAGCCCCCCCCGCAGCACCCCCGCGCGCGCUCGGCCGGGGGGGUGCUCUCCACCAAGCGCAGCCUGGACCACGUCAACAAGAUCCUCAAAGCCAAGAAGCUGCAGAGGCAGGCGCGCACCGGCAACAACGUGGUGAAGAGGAGGGGCCCCGGGCGGCCCCGCAAGUACCCCCUGCCCUCCCCUCCCCCCUCGCCCCCGCCCCCGCAGGCGCCCCCCCCUCAGCACAGGGACCGAGCUGGAGGUGGAGGAGGUGGAGGGAGGGGGGCGGGCGACACCGUGUCGGACGUCAUCGAGGCGGUGGUGCAGGGCCAGCUCAGGGGCGGGCGGGGCCAGAAGAGGAAGCGCUGGGCCCGGGACCGGGACGGGGAGGAGCCCGAGGAGGAAGAGGAGGAGCAGGAGGAAGAGGAGGAGAGGCCGGGGGCGGCGGGGUCCAGGGGAGUGGACAGGAGAGGCUGGCUCACUCAGGAGGAGCUGCACUGCUUCCGCAGAGCUCUGGAGGGCAAGCCUGAAGGCCCCUCCUCCCAGGAACAUUUGGGUCCAUCGGCAAUGGAGCAUGCUCCGCCCCUGGCCUUGGCCAGCCAAUGGGAAAAGAGAUCUGCCAGGCCGCCCAAGAAGAAGUUCCAGAGAGCUGGGCUCUACUCUGAUGUCUACAAGACCGCAGAUCCUCGCAGCCAGCUCCUGCAGCUGAAGAAAGAGAGGCUGGAGUACACGCCCGGGGAGCACGAGUACGGCCUGUUUCCAGCGCCGAUCCACGUCGGGAAGUAUCUGAGACAGAAGCGGAUUGAUUUCCAGCUCCCCUAUGACAUCCUGUGGCAGUGGAAGCACAAUCAGCUCUAUAAGAAGCCUGAUGUCCCGCUCUACAAGAAAAUCAGAUCCAGUGAUACACUGGACCUUAUCCCCUGAUCGGGACAGGCUUGCUCUUCGGCAGAGCUGACGGUAAACCCCUCCCCCUCCGGGGGCUCCGCCCACAGGAUGAUCUUCGCGGAGUGCUCUCCCAACACCUGCCCGUGCGGGGAGAAGUGCGACAACCAGCACAUCCAGCGGCACGAGUGGGUGCAGUGCCUGGAGCGCUUCCGCGCCGAGGGCAAGGGCUGGGGCAUCCGCACCAAGGAGCCGCUCCGCUCCGGACAGUUCAUCAUCGAGUACCUGGGGGAGGUGGUGAGCGAGCAGGAGUUCAGGAACCGCAUGAUCGAGCAGUACCACACGCACAACGACCACUACUGCCUGAACCUGGACAGCGGCAUGGUGAUUGACAGCUACCGCAUGGGCAACGAAGCGCGCUUCAUCAACCACAGCUGCGACCCCAACUGCGAGAUGCAGAAGUGGUCGGUGAAUGGGGUGUACCGGAUCGGCCUGUUCGCCCUGAAGGACAUGGACAGCGGCACGGAGCUCACCUACGACUACAACUUCCACUCCUUCAACACAGAGAAGCAGCAAGUGUGUAAGUGCGGCUCGGAGAGCUGCCGCGGAAUCAUCGGGGGGAAGAGCCAGCGGGUCAACGGGCUGCCUGGGAAGGGGGGCGGAGCCGGGGGCGGGGCUCGCCGGCCGGGCAGACUCAAGGAGAAGCGCAAGUCCAAGCACCAGCUGAAGAAACGGGAGGAAGAGUCGAGUGACAGCGGGAAGUUCUGCCCCCACCUGCACAUGAAGCCCAUGUCUAACAGAGAGAGGAACUUUGUGCUGAAGCACAGCGUCUUCCUGGUGAGGAACUGGGAGAAGAUGAGGGAGAAGCAGGAGCAGCUGAAGAGGGAUGGAGAGAGGGAGCGAGAGAGAGAGCGGGAGAGGGAGGGCAGCAGCCUCUCUCUCUACAGCCGCUGGGGCGGAGUCAUCCGAGACGACGGCAACAUCAAAUCAGACGUGUUCCUGACGCAGUUCUCAGCGCUGCAGACGUCGCGCUCGGUGCGCACGCGCAGACUGGCCGCCGCCGAGGAGAACAUGGAGGUCACGCGCACCGCCCGCCUCGCCCACAUCUUCAAGGAGAUCUGCGACAUGAUCAUCAGCUACAAAGACUCAGCCAGUCAGACCCUCGCUGCCCCCCUCCUCACUCUGCCCUCCAGGAAGCGGAACACGCAGUACUACGAGAAGGUGUCCGACCCGCUGGACCUGAGCACCAUCGAGAAGCAGAUCCUGACCGGGCACUACAAGACCGUGGAGGCCUUCGACACCGACAUGCUCAAAGUGUUCCGCAACGCGGAGAAGUACUACGGGCGCAAGUCGCCAGUGGGGCGGGACGUGUGCCGCCUGCGCAAGGCGUACUACGGGGCGCGGCACGAGGCCGCCGUGCAGAUCGACGAGAUCAUGGGCGAGACGGCCAGCGAGGCCGACAGCUCCGACUCGCUGGAGCGCGACCACGCCCAGCAGCACCCGCACCACGACAAGGACGACGACGUCAUCCGCUGCAUCUGCGGCAUGUACAAGGACGAGGGCCUGAUGAUCCAGUGCGAGAAGUGCAUGGUGUGGCAGCACUGUGACUGCAUGCGGCUGAAGGCUGAUGUGGAGCACUACCUGUGUGAGCAGUGUGACCCGCGGCCGGUGGACAGGGAGGUCCCCAUGCUGCCCCAGCCCAGCUACGCCUCGUCCGGCUCCAUCUACUACAUCUGCCUGCUGCGGGACGACCUGCUGCUGCACCAGGGUGACUGCGUGUACCUGAUGAGGGACAGCCGGCGGACCCCAGACGGGCAGCCGGUCAGGCAGUCGUACCGCCUCCUGUCCCACGUCAACCGAGACAAACUGGACAUCUUCCGCAUCGAGAAGCUCUGGAAGAGCGACAAGGGUGAGCGCUUUGCUUUCGGGCACCACUACUUCCGGCCCCACGAGACCCACCAUUCCCCCUCGCGGAGGUUCUACCACAACGAGCUCUUCCGCGUGCCGCUCUACGAGAUCAUCCCGCUGGAGGCCGUGGUGGGAAUGUGCUGCGUCCUCGACCUCUACACCUAUUGCAAGGGCCGGCCCAAGGGUGUGAAGGAGCAGGACGUGUACAUCUGCGACUACCGCCUGGACAAGUCCGCGCACCUCUUCUACAAGAUCCACCGCAACCGCUACCCCGUCUGCACCAAGCCCUUCGCCUUCAACCACUUCCCCAAGAGGCUGGCCCCCAAGAGGGACUUCUCUCCUCACUACGUCCCGGACAACUACAAGAGGAACGGGGGGCGCUCCUCCUGGAAGAGCGAGCGGCCCAAGAUGGUGUGCAAGGACGGGCUGGGCGGGGGGACGUGCGAGGACGACUCCUCCCCCGGCGACCCCCGCCUCUGCGACGGGGCGGGGGCGUCCCAGCUGGACAGCGAGGAGGGGGGCGGGGAGGCGGACAUGGACAUCGUCCCGGGAGAGCCCCCGCCCCUCCUGCCCCAGCCUCCCGUCCCGCCACAGACCCCCACGGACCGGGGGGCCGAGGACGAGGAGGAGGGCGAGCCGGAGCGGGCCGAGGGCCUGGAGGUCCCCUCCUCCUCCUCCUCUUCCUCCUCCUCUCAUCACUCGGAGCUGGGGAGGAGGGAGGCGCAGAGGGACAGGCUGAACAAGAUCCUCCUCAACCUGCUGCAGCAAGCUCCCAGCAAGAACGUCAUCGAUGUGACGUACCUGUUGGAGGAGGGAUCUGGGCGGAGACUGCGCAGACGGACGCUGGGAUUGGGUGACUUUGUUGGCAGGAAGUGAUGUCACCAGCCUCACCUCGUGAUCCACUCGUCCUUCGCCCUCCUUCUCGAGGGGUGCCAGAGAGGCGGAGAAACGAAGUAAGAGAACAUAUGCAAGAGACAGAGGGAGCGAGAGAGAGAGAGAGAGAGAGAGAGAGACAGCGUGGGGCACGCCCUUCUCUCCUCCUCUCCACGCAUCUUUCCUUCCCUCCCGUCUCUUUCUCUGAAGGAGACCAGUGACAGACAGAGGGACAGUGCGCAUGGUGAGCGGACAGACAGACAGACACACACACACAGUGCGUGAAUAGUGGAAUAGAGGAGGCCGUGUGUCAUUAAAGAAAAAAACAUUUGAGACGAACGUGUCCCCCUGCUGGAACGAGCAACACUACACACACUGAAGUGGACACACUAAAAGAGGGCGGGAAUCGGAACUCGGGAGCGAGAGGACGACCUGCCUGAGGACGGCGCGACACACCCUGGACGGACAGACGGACAGACGCUUGAUUGACAGUGUGGGAGAGACGCUGGUAUCGGGCGCGCUCUGUUGAGAAAAGAGAGAAUGAACUUUGGUAGCCUUUCGUGCUUUACUGUUAUACAUGUCAUUUGUGUUUCCUGAAAUAUAGUAAAGCUUGAGAAGAGACACACACACACACUUAUAUACAUAAACACACACACACACACUUAUAUACAUAAACACACAUACACAUACUUGUACAUACGUACAUACUUAUACAUACACAUAAUUACAUACUUAAACGUACAUACUUACUUGCACAUACUUACACAGAUACACACAUACACAAAAGACUAGAAGGGAAGGCAGUUUUUUGGUUCAUUGAUGCAGCGGUUGUUUUAUUUGCCGUUCGGUCAGCCUAAGCUCAGAACGGUGGCACAGAGUAGCUCUUUGGAGGCCUGAGCCGGAGCGUGCUCUGCUGAGCUCCCCCACCUGGAGACAGUCGGAACUGCGGCUCCGCUUCCUUAAAAGGGGUGAUGGGGUGGGGGGAACGGUUAAGCUCUGGGUCUCCAGUGUGGAGGGCUCUCGUGAACAGGCAGAACACGGGGCGCGUGCUUCUGCCGGGUCGCUAACCCGUUAACGCCAUUGUGAGAAAUGGUGAAAUGCACUUCGUCUGUCUCUCUCAUCACCACACGGUGUGAGUGGACGGGGAGGGAAGGAGGUGGUGGGGGCUUUUGAGGUCUGGUUUAGAUUGUCGUUCGUUUGUGAGUCUCGUCGCCCCGACGGGAAUGUUUCAGAAAACUGUGAUGAGAUUUUAGACGGAUGUGUCCCCGGACGGGACGUAGCGACGGGCUGACUGAGCGGAGCCGUCCCGCGGAGACGGGCCCACAGACUGAGAAACUGACAAAAUGAAGAGAAGGAGCAGUAAAGUGCCAAGCUGUACAUAGACUGGAAUGAAGUGAGCUUAGUCUCGAAAAGCAAUAUCUCAAAUAUGGAAUUUGUUUCUAUUGUAUUGUACAGGACCCCACCUAUGGAGCCCUACAUGUAUUAAAAACUAUUAUUAUUAUUAUUAUUAUUUCUUCCCUUAUUAUCGUCGUGUUUUAAGCUGGGAAAGCACGUUUUUAUGAAAUGCAACAAGCACUAUUAGCAGUGAUUGAGGUGCGGGAAUUGAAAUUGCGUUGCAUAUCUAUGAAUUGUAUCGAGAUGAGGAGGCACAGGACAGCUCAGCGACACAGACAAAGCAGAUAUUGUAAUUAUUACUAAUUAUUAGCAGGACAGAAAAAACGGUUCUCUAUUUUGCUGCAAAGUGUUGAACACUAAAAAAACAGACCAACGUAAAAAUUUAAUAUUUUCAAAGGUGACAGAAAAACGAAAUAAAAUCCUGUCAACUUAAUAUAGUUCCUGGUAAAGAUUGUUUUUUGUUUCAUGUGUUCUUUUUUAAAAAAAAAAACAGAAUCCAGUUUUGUGAAAACGGUUAUAAACGCGGCUCUUUUUUUGUGUGUGUGAGUGUGUGUUUUGUGAUUCUUCUUUUUUUUUUUCAUUUAAACAUUUUUUUGUUUUGAUUUUAAAAAUGUUUUUUUUUUUUUUUUUUUUUUUUUGUUAGACAAUCGCAAAAUGUUGGCUAUUGUAAAUGGACUUCCGGGCAGACAUUGAGUUGUGGUUGUUCUGUUUGUCCAAUUCUCUUCCUCUCCGGUUCAAAGUUUGUAAUUAUGAUUCUAAAGUCACAACGAUGCUGUUUUGUUUUUAAUUUUGUUUUAUAUGUUUAUUAGUUUUUAUUUUAUUUUAUAAAAAGCACUACAUUAUUGCAAAUAGAUGAUGAUUAUCAUGAUUAUUAUCAUUGCAAAUAUGAUUAUGGUUAUUAGGAUUAUUUAUCUAGUUUGCAUGAAAGCAAUGUGUCUGAGUUUUUGCUACACAAAUGCUGCUAAUAAUUUACUUUUAGGAAAAAUAAAAACAAAAAAAAAUAAUUUAUCGCCCAAAAAAUGUGGUUUUGAAUUUUGAUCUUUGUAAAAAAUGAAUAAAAUACUGAUUUAAAAACAAGAGUUACUCCAGAUUUUACAUUUGAUGUAAUGUGUAACAUUGCUUAUCAUUUUCCUUACUAAUAUUAUUAUAGAACUGAAACAUCAGUAAAUGCAUAAUUCUACUUCUCUCUAUGGAAACCGUGUAAAAUAUUAAACAGAUUUUUUUCAAAGAAA